AUGCGACCUACACCAGGCCACAGUAGAGGACUUACCGACGAAGAAAUUUGUGAACUUUUAGAAUGUACUAGUGAUACAGAGUGUUUUAGCGAAAGCAGCAACAGUUCAGAAAGUGACAGUGAUGUACUUGGUGAUACUGUGGGCGAAAGUGAAGACGAAAUGGAAGAUGUACAAUACACUGAAGUACGUGCGCCUGAAACACUACAGCCAUUACCACAUCCAUUUCAAGAGAUGCCAGGACCAAAACAUAUGCCACCAGUAGGAUCUCCUGUGAUAGAAUAUUUCAAUCUAUUCUUUACUACAAUGUUGUUGCAGCUUAUUGUAACUGAUACGAAUUGCUCAGCUAAAGAGUUUAUAACUAAACAUGAUACAUUGUCCAAACCGUAUAAGAAAUGGAAGAAUGUGACAAGUACCGAGGUAAGAGGUUUUAUUGCUUGCUUACUAAAUAUGGGACUCAAUAAAAGGCCUACAAUGCUAUCAUACUGGAUCACAAAACCGUCACAGGCAUUUCCAUUGUUUGGUAAAAUGUUUUCUGCCCACAAAUUUAGGCAUCUGAUGAAAUUCUUUCAUCUUGUGGAUAGUGAGAAAUGUCCAGCACCAGGCCAUCCUCAUUAUGACCCAUGUAUCAGGUACCAGCCAUUGGUACAUCAUGCUAAUAAUAUAUUUAGACAUCAUUACACACCUCAUGAACAACUUAGUAUUGAUGAGAGUCUAGUUGGCACUAAAUGUCACACUUCCCUAUUACAGUAUUUGCGAAACAAACACCACUACCAAUGA